CAAAAUUUACAACAUGGCAAAGUUUGUGCAGACGACGUGUACUUCGAUGAUUUUAACUAUUAUUUGAAAUACGUUCUCCAGAAACCUAUAAUUUUGAGCUUCACCGGGUCUGCUGUGUCCAUUACCAAAUCCAGCAAGAUGUCUUUUCUUGUUGAUUCCUUUAUUAUGUGUUUUUCACAGGUGAUAUUUUUUGGUGGUGGAUGGCUUUUCUUUUUGAAGCACUUGUUUAGAGAUUAUGAGGUUCAUCACUCGGUGGUACUGCUAGUAUUUUCAGUGACCUUUGCCCUAUCUUGUACCAUGUUCGAACUCAUUAUCUUUGAAAUUCUAGGAUUUUUAGAUGCCAGCUCCCGAUUGUUUCACUGGAAAUUUGGGCUGUUUGCUAUCCUGUUCACCCUGAUCGCUGUUCUGCCAUUUUAUAUCGCUUAUUAUAUUCUCAGUAACAUAAGAUUGAUACCCCAAAAGCAACACAUUCGUGUCAUGUGUACAUUUGGAGCAUGGUUGGCCUUUCUGUAUCUAUUUUGGAAACUGGGUGAUCCUUUUCCUAUUCUUAGUCCUAAACAUGGUAUAUUUUCUAUAGAACAGUGUAUAGGACGAGUGGGUGUGGUUGGUGUGACUAUAAUGGCUCUACUAUCAGGUUUCGGUGCUGUUAACUGUCCAUAUACAUAUAUGUCAUAUUUUGUAAGACAUGUUACAGAAGCUGAUAUACAGAGUAUAGAGAAACGUUUGUUACAAUCUCUUGAUAUGAUAAUAAUGAAGAAGAAACGUAUUGCUCUAGCUAAACGAGAGAAUUUACGACAAGCAAGUAUGUCUAAAGGUUCAGGAGGACUGUGGGGAAUGCUGAAAAAUGUUACUUCUGGUAAUGGUCAAGAAAAUAUUGGACCACUACAACAGGAUACAAAUGCUCUAGAAGAAUUAAGUCGACAGUUAUUUUUAGAAACAGUAGAUUUGAAUGAUGCUGUGGUGAUUUAA